UGGGAGAUCAGAUAUAGUGAAUGCAGGGUCCUCGGGAGACCAGAUAUAGAGAAUGCAGGGUCUGUGGAGACCAGAUAUAGUGAAUGCAGGGUCUGUGGAGACCAGAUAUAGUGAAUGCAGGGUCCUGGGAGAUCAGAUAUAGUGAAUGCAGGGUCCUGGGAGAUCAGAUAUAGUGAAUGCAGGGUCCUGGGAGACCAGAUAUAGUGAAUGCAGGGUCUGGGGAGACCAGAUAUAGUGAAUGCAGGGUCCUGGGAGACCAGAUAUAAUAUAGUGAAUGCGGGGUCCUGGGAGACCAGAUAUAGUGAAUGCGGGGUCCUCGGGAGACCAGAUAUAGUGAAUGCAGGGUCCUGGGAGAUCAGAUAUAGUGAAUGCAGGGUCCUGUGGAGACCAGAUAUAGUGAAUGCAGGAUCCUGGGAGACCAGAUAUAGUGAAUGCAGGGUCCUGGGAGACCGGAUUUAGUGAAUGCAGUGUCCUGGGAGACCAGAUAUAGUGAAUGCAGGGUCCUGGGAGACCAGAUAUAGUGAAUGCAGGGUCCUGGGA